CUGGUGCUCUGUGCGCUUCAUGGCCGCCGGUACUGCGCUCUCCUACUCUUCCGCUCGGCCUUAGAAAGUUUCGUUUCUGCCCAGCAGUGGACCCUUGAGCGUGUGCCACCAUGAAGUCUGACCAUUGCUGACUGGCAGCCACACAGCACUGACGUGAGUAAGCAUUCAAGAAAGGAGGACCAUGGCUUCGAACAGCACUGAGACCCAGCUCCAGAGGAUCAUCCGUGAUCUACAAGAUGCAGUGACAGAACUAAGCAAUGAAUUUAAGGAGGGAGGAGAGCCAGUCACAGAUGACAGCACCAGCUUGCACAAGUUUUCUUAUAAACUUGAGUAUCUUCUGCAAUUUGAUCAGAAGGAGAAGACUAGCCUCCUGGGCAGCAAGAAGGAUUACUGGGAUUACUUCUGCGCGUGCCUAGCCAAGGUGAAGGGAGCAAAUGAUGGGAUACGGUUUGUCAGGUCCAUCUCUGAGCUUCGAACAUCUCUGGGAAAAGGGAGAGCCUUCAUUCGCUAUUCUUUGGUGCACCAGAGGCUGGCAGACACCUUGCAACAGUGCUUCAUGAACACUAAAGUGACCAGUGACUGGUACUACGCGAGAAGCCCCUUUCUGAAGGCAAAGCUGAGCUCUGACAUCGUGGGCCAACUGUAUGAGCUGACAGAGGUUCAGUUUGAUCUUGCGUCGAGGGGCUACGACCUGGAUGCCGCCUGGCCCACGUUUGCCAGGAGGACACUGGCCAGCGGCUCUUCUGCGUACAUGUGGAAACCUCCUAGCCGGAGCUCCAGCAUGAGCAGUUUAGUGAGCAACUACUUGCAGACUCAGGAGAUGGCCUCCAGUUUUGACCUGAACAGUUCCCUAAACAAUGAAGCACUUGAAGGCUUCGACGAGAUGCGGCUGGAACUGGACCAGUUGGAGGUUCGGGAGAAACAGCUACAAGAGCACGUUCAGCAGCUGGACAGGGAGAACCAAGCACUUCGCGCGAUGGUCAGCAGGCAGGGGGAGCAGCUCCAGGCAGAGGAGAGCGCUGGCCUCACGGGCCUGGUGGCAGAGCUCCAGAAGCAGGGGCAGGCCACCCAGGCCACAGUGAAGACGCUGCAGACAUGCCUGCAGGCCCUGGAGCGGAACGUGGACAAAAAAGAGAACAGCCACUCAGCCUUGCAGCUCGAGAACAUGGCGCAGAAGCUUGAGGCUGUGAGAGACUCCUUGGGUAGGAAGAACCAGCUUUUAGCCAGCCUUUCAGAUUGCCUGGCCAGGGCUGAGAAGAGGGCAAAUCCAUCUCUGGACACAAAAUUUCAUCAAGAGCAAGUUCCUGCUGACCUGGCCCUGAAGGUCCAGGAGCUGAAGGGAAAACUUGAAGCCCUAGAAGGAGAGAACACCAAGGCCCAGGAGCUAAACAGGCAGCAGGAUAUCAAGCUGGAGCAGUUGGCCAAGGAACUACAGCUGAAGGAGGAAGCCCGGGCUGGCCUGGAGCACUUAGUGAAGGAUGUGGCCCCACUUCAGGAAGAGUUAGCUGGAAAAAAGCAAGAGUCCUCUCAGCUCCGGGAACAGCUGCAGGAAUCCCUGGCCCACCUGAGCUCAGUGGAGCAGGAGCUGGCAGAAGCCAGGCAGCAGGGAAAACAGCAACGAGAAGAAAAGCAGCUGCUGGAGCAGGAGGCCAAGUCUCUGACAUGGCAGCUGCAGCUUCUGGAGACCCAGCUCACACAGGUGAGUCAGCUCGUGAGUGACCUGGAGGAGCAGAAGAAGCAGCUCACACAGGACAGAGACCGCCUCAGCCAGAAAGUAAGCACACUGGAGCAACUAGCUGAGGUGCAGGCAGCCAACAAGAGUAGGGAGGCUCUGGCCUCCCCGAGCUCUGUCCCACCACAGGCUGGGGAGAGUCCAGAAGAGGGGCAGCAGUGCCUCCAGGAAGAGCGGGUGAGCAAUACCACAGCGCCAGAGGCAGACCAGGAGGAGUUGCAAAAGGUCAACCAGGAGCUACAGAAGGAGCUGCAGAACAUGGCUGUGCGCAACCAGCUCCUAGAAGGCAAACUGCAGGCCUUGCAAACUGAUUACAAGGCACUGCAGCAGCGAGAGGCAGCCAUCCAGGGCUCCUUAGCCUCCCUGGAAGCCGAGCAGGCCAGCAUCCGGCACCUGGGAGACCAGAUGGAAGCAAGCCUCCUAGCUGUGAGGAAAGCCAAAGAGACUAUGAAAGCCCAGGUGGCAGAGAAGGAGGCUGCCCUGCAGAGUAAGGAGAGUGAGUGUCGGCGCCUGCAGGAAGAGGCAGAGCAGUGCCGCCUUCGGACAGAAGCCCAGGCCCAGGAGCUCAGAGCUCUUGAGAGCCAGUGCCAGCAGCAGAGUCACCUAAUCGAGGCCCUCUCUGCAGAAAAAGGCCAACAGGGACUCAGCCUACCUCAAGUCAAGACAGCCCAACUGGCCCUGUCUCAAGCACAGCUGGAAAUUCACCAGGGGGAAGCCCAGCGGUUACAGACUGAGGUGGUGGACCUCCAGGCCAAGCUCCAGGUGGCCCUUGGUGACCGAGACAAGUUACAGAGCCAGCUGAGCGUGGCUGAGGCAGUCCUGAGGGAGCACAAGACCCUAGUGCAACAACUGAAAGAGCAGAAUGAAGCGCUCAACAGGGCCCAUGUCCAGGAGCUGCUGCAGUGCUCAGAGAGAGAAGGCAUCCUGCAGGAGGAGAGCAUCUGCAAGGCCCAGAAGCAGGAACAAGAGCUGCAAGCCCUGCAUGCAGAGCUGUCUCGGGUGAGGUGCAGCUCCGAGGGAGCCCACCUGGAGCAUGCAGAGUUACAGGACCAGCUGCACCGAGCCAACACAGACACGGCUGAGCUCGGCAUACAGGUCUGUGCCCUGACAGCCGAGAAGGAUCGACUGGAGGGGGCGCUGGGUAGCUUGGCCCAGGAACUCCGGGACUCCAAAGAGGCAGCACUACAGGAACGAAAGGCCUUGGAGCUCCAAGUGAUGGGACUACAGCAAGAGAACGAGAGCUUGCAGGAAAAGCUGAAGACAGCUGAGGAGGCGGCCAGUUCAUGCUCUGGUCUGCAGGCACAGCUGGCCCAGGCCGAGCAGCUGACCCAGAGCCUCCAAGAGGCUGCAAACCAGGAACGAGAUGCUCUUAAGUUCCAGCUAAGUGCUGAGAUCAUGGACCACCAGAACAGAUUGAAGACAGCCAAUGAAGAGUGUGGAAGCCUCAAGGCCCAGCUAGAAGAGCAAGGCCGGCAACUGAAAAUGACUCAGGACGCUGUGCAGGAACUGAAGGUCAACAAGGCAGCCGUGGAGGAGAAGUUGAAGUGCACCAGCAGCCACCUUGCAGAGUGCCAGUCCACUUUGCUGCACAAGGAUGAAGAAAGUACGACUCUUCAAAUAAGCCUGGAAAGAACUCAGAGGGAACUUGAAAAGGCCACAUCAAAAAUCCAAGAAUAUUACAACAGACUCUGCCAGGAGGUGACAAACAGGGAAAGGAAUGAUCAGAAGAUGCUUGCAGACCUAGAUGACCUGAACAGAACCAAGAAAUACCUUGAGGAGCGGCUGAUAGAGCUACUUAGGGACAAAGAUGCUCUCUGGCAAAAGUCCGAUGCACUGGAAUUCCAGCAGAAGCUCAGUGCUGAAGAGAAAGGUAUUGGGGACAUGGAGGCCAACCACUGCCAUGACUGCAAGAGGGAGUUCAGCUGGAUCGUGCGGCGGCAUCACUGCAGAAUAUGUGGCCGCAUCUUCUGUUACUACUGCUGUAACAAUUACGCUGUGACUAAGCCCAGCGGCAAGAAGGAACGCUGCUGCCGAGCCUGCUUCCGGAAGUUCGGCGAAGGCCCUGGAUCUCCCGAUAGCAGUGGCUCGGGCACGAGCCAGGGAGAGCCCAGCUCCAGGGUGUCUCCAGCUGAAGCACACCCCCAGGCCAUAGGAAGCCAAGGAGUCAGCCCAGUCUGCAGAGCACCAGAUGAUGCUGUGUUUGACAUCAUCACUGAUGAGGAACUGUGCCAGAUUCAAGAAUCUGGCUCCUCCUUGCCUGAAACACCGACUGAAACUGAUUCAAUAGACCCAAAUAUGGCUGAACAGGACACCACAUCCAACUCACUAACCCCUGAAGACGCUGAAGACAUGCCCAUGGGGCAGGAUGCUGAGAUCUGCUUGCUGAAGUCAGGAGAGCUGAUGAUCAAAUUGCCCUUCACAGUAGAGGAGAUCACCAGCUUUGGAGAGGGCAGCAGGGAGCUGUUUGUGAGGUCCAGCACCUACAGCCUGAUUCCCAUCACUGUGACUGAGCCUGGCCUCACCAUCAGCUGGGUCUUCUCCUCUGACCCCAAAAGCAUCUCCUUCAGUGUGGUCUUCCAAGAGACAGAAGACACACCGCUCGACCAGUGCAAGGUCCUCAUCCCCACCACCCGGUGCAGCUCCCACAAGGAGAGCAUCCGGGGCCAGCUGAAGGUACGAACCCCCGGCAUCUAUUUGCUCAUCUUUGACAACACCUUUUCCAGAUUUAUCUCCAAAAAAGUAUUUUACCACCUGACUGUUGACCGCCCUGUGAUCUACGAUGGAAGUGAUUUCCCGUAGCAUCAGUGCCUGGACUUUGACACCUCUUUAUCAUCCACAGGAAACACUACUCCUCCUCACCCCUCACCUAUCGCAUUAAAU